GCCGAUUACAUUGCCUCCUCGGCAUGCUCUCCGCCCUCGACCCUCUCCGAGAACUCGCAGACCAGGAAACCGAGCGGCGACAGACCGCAAAGUUAACUGGGGGUGAGAAGGCAAGUGGAUGGGCCGGCGGCCAGCAAACCGAACGCUAUCUGAAACGCUACCUCGAAAUCUUCCGCGAGCAAAGCUUCGCUAUAAUUUCUAUGUACAAAAGCAUAUUCCCCUCUGCGCUGCCUGCGCCAGGUUCGGAUCUCGAUCCCGAAACCGCCCCGGCCGUGAAACCCGUAGGCGAAUCGGAAAAUCCUCUCCAGCCUAUCCCCUCCGCACUCGCAACUUUCCCGCUGCAUCUCACCGAUCUUCUCUUCGACACCCUGCGAACAUAUCUCCCGAAUGUCCAGGAUCGAUCAUCCCGCGACUCCUUACUCACCCAAGUCCUCUACUGUGCCGGCUCCCUGGGUCGUCUGGGUGGCGAUUUUAGUAUGAUGAUUGCCUUGUUGGAAGAGGAGCUAGGAGAGGAGCUUGCGGAUGGAGAUCGUGUGGAAGUAGGGGGGAUUGAGGAAGAAUGGGUUGAAAUUAUGAAGAAGCACAGAGUGCAGGCUUCAAGGUUGGAGUUGUUGGCUUCGGGCGUGGGCACAGGGCGAACGAGUAGUGCGUCGAUCGAGAGGGGUGGCAGUCCGGGACAUUGAGAGUAAGGGUGAUAAGAAGGUUGAGCUGCGGUUGCGAGGUUUAGAAUGGGGACUGGAAGAGAUGAAACGAUUUCAUGAAGUAUGAGGACAAGCCUUGAGAAUUUAUUUGAGUGAGGGAUAACGCUGUGUGUCUCCCCAAUUCUCUUCCCAUAGAGACUAACCUGGCCCCCGAGUCUAUUUACAUGUGAUGCGGUGCUCGUAGGUUUCAGGUCCGACUACCUCUUGGAGCUGAGUCAGAUUGCGCUCGAGACGUACACACAGCAUCUCCCAACCGAACGCAAUGGUCGAUCGCAAAGGUUCCAUCAUCCUUGAACUUUGUCUACCUCACAAUA